GCUCAAUACUAACUACAUAUUACCAGAAGGAGUGGAGGAAGAAUGGAGGGCUGGAUUCUCAACAGAAAAGAACAUGCACGUCAGCAAACAUACAUUACCAAUCAGAACAGACUGUUUGACAUCAACGACAACAGUCUGAGGCACUACAUAAACCUCAGAAACCUAACAGUGAUGAGGACAAGAUUGACGUCUAUAUCAGCAGAUGCGUUUUUCAACAACACAAGACUCCAAUAUGUAAAUCUCAGAGACAACAACCUAUCAACACUGUCUUGGAGAACAUUUCAGAACUUUAACUCAACUUUGCCGCUCCUGCUGUCCGGUAACCCUCUGGAUUGUGUUUGCGAGAACAUGUGGAUCAAACUGAGGCUCCUAGAAGAUCCAGACAGUCAAGACCUGAAGUGCAUAGACGAAAGAGAAGUGCCGAAGGCUUUUGCCACGCUCACUCCACCAGACUGUGUGGUUCCCAGUGUAGAGGUCACACCAAACACCGUGACGGCGAUGAAGGGGAGUAAUGCCAAAGCUGUGUGCAAAGCCUCGGGCUCGCCUCCUCCUGAGAUUGUGUGGAACUUGGAUUGGCUCGCUACCUCGCACAAGAUUGAGCCCUCUGAUACGGAGAGCAGCCUCACCUUGUCAGAGCUGUCUUCUGACGAUAAUGGCAAGGUGAUCAUAUGCAGCGCUGAGAACAUGGUCGGUCAGACGGAGGCCACCCUGCAGCUCAAUAUUCUCUUUGCCCCCACAAUCCAGCAGCUGCUGGGGCCAGAGCGGGACCACCACUGGUGCAUCCCCUUCAGCGUGACGGGGAACCCCAAGCCCGAUCUGCAGUGGUACCUCGGGAACGUGGCUCUCCAGGAGCAGGACUACAUCCACACCAGGAUCCACGUGUCCACCGAGAGCGAGUACCACGGCUGCCUGCAGCUGGUCAACCCCACGCACAUCCACAACGGCGAGUACAGGCUGGUGGCGAAGAAUAAAUAAGGAGAGGACGAGAAGAAGGUCUCCGCCCUGUUCCUCGACCCGCCUGACAUUGACCAUACAGCAGAAGACUACUACUACACCACUGACCCUCCGCUCCCUCCGCUGGAUGACAGUGUCGCGGUGUAUGUCGUCGUGGGAAUUGCAGGAGUUGCUUUGACUGGCUGCGUUCUGAUGGUGAUCAUCCUGAAAUAUGGAAGAAACUCCAAGUUUGGUAUUAAAGGCUCCUCCUCAGUCAUCAGUAAUGACGAUGACUCUGCCAGCCCUCUUCAUCAUGUCUCCAAUGGCAACAACACCCCGUCGUCCUCGGAGAUGGGUCCAGACGCAGUGAUCAUUGGGAUGACAAAGAUCCCUGUCAUUGAGAACCCACAGUACUUCCGUAACUCGGGCAGCAUGCUGAAAUCUGACACGUUUGUCCAGCACAUCAAGAGACACAACAUUGUGCUGAAGCGGGAGCUCGGAGAGGGAGCCUUUGGGAAGGUGUUUCUCGCCGAGUGCUACAACCUCACACCAGACCAGGAGAAACUCCAUGUGGCAGUCAAGACUCUGAAAGAGGCCAACGAGAGCGGCCGAGCAGACUUCUACAGAGAGGCAGAGCUCCUCACCAACCUGCAACAUGAACACAUUGUCACUUUCUACGGGGUGUGUGUGGAGAGCGACCCGCUCAUCAUGGUGUUUGAAUACAUGAAACAUGGUGACCUAAACAAGUUUCUCAGGUCCCACGGUCCUGAUGCAGUGCUAAUGGCAGACGGUCAACACAGUAUCCUGGUGGAGCUCACCCAGUCCCAGAUGCUGCACAUUGCCCAACAGAUUGCUGCUGGCAUGGUCUACCUGGCCUCCCAACACUUUGUCCACAGAGACUUGGCAACCAGGAACUGCUUGGUAGGAGAAAACCUGCUGGUCAAGAUAGGAGACUUUGGCAUGUCCAGAGACGUUUACAGCACAGACUACUACAGAGUGGGCGGUCAUACGAUGCUCCCAAUCCGCUGGAUGCCCCCAGAGAGCAUCAUGUACCGGCGGUUCACCACAGAGAGUGAUGUGUGGAGCCUCGGUGUGGUGCUGUGGGAGAUCUUCACCUAUGGCAAGCAGCCCUGGUACCAGCUCUCCAACAAUGAGGUGAUCGAGUGCAUCACCCAGGGCCGCGUGCUGCAGCGGCCCCGCACCUGUCCUAAAGAGGUGUACGACCUGAUGCUGGGCUGCUGGCAGAGAGAGCCCUACAUGAGGCUGAACAUCAAGGAGAUCCACAGCAUGCUCCAGAGCCUCGCCAAGGCCUCGCCCGUGUACCUGGACAUACUGGGCUGAUGCACCCCGUGUUCUUGUAUGUACUCUUGCGUGCAUGUGUGUGAGCUGGGGGCUUCGUACGUGGACAAGCGGCUGCGUGUUUGUUUGCACAUGAUGAGACGGAGAGCGGAGGAGGAAAUGAAGGCUGUGCGACUGUGUGAGUGCGUCUGUGUACAGUACCUGGCUGUAAAUGUUCCUGUAAAUGCUAUCGUCCGUGUCCUCAUCGUCACAUCGAGAAAAGCCUUAAAUUUGAGUGAUCUUUUCUUUUUUCUUUCUUAUCCAUUUGUUACUGAGGCAUGUUUCACAAAUGGAAACCAAAAUGCAUACAGGAUCAUGUAACUUUAUGUGAGAGGCAUAAAAAUAAAUAAAACCCAAUGAUCAGAAACACUGAUCAUUGGGUUACUCCGUCUCAGCUCAUCGCAUUAAAUAACCUCCUGUGUUCCACAUCUGCUGGGAGUGAAAGGGAAAAUAAUGUGUCUCCAUAAUGGACAGUGUAUGGACACAACUUUGUAGAUAGAGCUUCUUUCAAAACACAGCAACAUAUUCUGCAGGAAGAUAAAAAGAAUACUCAUCGAAUUACAGCUGAAUCUUUUUCUUUUAUAUGUCACAGACUAUUUUAAUAUUUGUAGAGUUUAUAAAUGUUGACUCUGUUGAUUUCAUUUGCUUGUUUUAAUUUUAAGCAUACGUGUGGAUUGUCACAUGCAUACGUAUAAAAACAGUGUGAAGCCCAUAUAGAUUCUCAUAGAUGCCUGUGUCUGUCAUAUAUAAUCUACUCAAGUCCGCUGAAGGACUUCCCGAUGUGAAAUCAAAGUCGAGGUUGUAAAACACAAGGGCAUACAGCGUUUUACAGUUUCUUUUGUCAUGUUUUAUGUAAAUAUCUACACACGAGGUCAUCUAUAUUUACAAAGUGGUGUUUAAAGCGUUGUUGGAGUGCUCGGCUCAUUUCACAACCUUUUCAUUUGAUGUAUCUAAAGCACAGAGAACGAGGACUCGGCGGUGUUGAGCUCAAAAAAAAGAAGGAAAAAAAAAAGAUGAGCACAGUUUUGUUUUAUUUUUUUCAUUCACCAGCAAAAUGCCAUUUAGCAAAUCUUUGUUGUUCGGUGGCCCAUAUCUGUAAGUAAUGUGGUUUUGUAUGCAUCUUCAGAGGCAGAUGUUGCUGUUGAUGAGAUUGUGUUAGAGAAGAUCUGAUUUAUUUAUUUUUUUGUAAUUUCUAAGAGGGAUUGACGGGGCAUUUUGAUGCAGUUUACCGUUUCAAUAUAUUGAGGAUUUAUUUGUUUUCAGCUCUUUAUUUUUUGUACAUAUUGAAGUUGCUACUUGUUUGUCAUUUACAGGAGCGUACUUUGAGGAUGUAAUCUUUAAUUCUACGUUGUAAGCUAAAAGGCCGCAGCAAACGGAUUAAUUAAGAGUCUGAUUGCCCUUAAAGUGUCCCAGGGGUGCUUUCAUCUCUCUGAGCGGCCCCAGUCAGCCGGGUGGCGGUGGCUAAAACAGCUCCUCACUUGGGGCACCGCUAAAGCACAUGUGCAUAGGCUGCUUGGAAAGUGCUUCUAAAAAGCAUUGUUGUAGUUUAUUUUCCAAAUGAUCUUGUUUGGAGAUUCAAAAAAGGCUGAAAAUAUUAAAGCAAGCGUGUCGGUCCGAGUGUGUAGUCUGAACUUCUGUAUUAAUCUUUGCAAAAACAGCAGAAAUGACUCCUUCAUAAUAACCACAGUGUAUUUCCAUAUGGAGGCAUAACGCAGUCAGGCUCUUUGCUGAGACAAUAAGUUAAGUGCACUUUGUAGCGUUACUUAACCCCCGAAUGCACAACCUGAGCGGCUGACCACUCUCCGCCUUGACCUCAACUGCACUUAAUAACAAAAAAAACAAACAAAAAAAAAAAAGUCACUGUUGCUGUGCUGGAAGCGACUGAGGCAAGUCCUAACUCUGACACAUUGUCCUUGAUGAAAACGAUUCAGUGUCCCUCUAUGUUUUUAUUACAGCGUUUGUCAGUUCUGUAUAAUAGUCAUGUGUCUGCUGUACAUAAAUUGCUGUCCAUUCUGUACAGUUCUGAUAAUUGUCUAUAUCAAUAGUAGGCUAUGUUUAAUAGUAUAAUCUGUUUGAAGCAGGUAUCAUGUCCAAAACUGUGUGACAUCUAUUGAAGACAACGUGUUAUGGGCCACUGGCAAUACAUACUACGUGUAAAUACGAUUUUAUUUGUGCUACAUUGUAUAAUUUCUUUGUGCUCGUUCAUAAUACCAGUGAGAAUACAAUCCUUUUUUUUGGCAACUUUUGAUCUGCAGAGGACUUUAUUUGAACUAUGUGUUUUUUUCUCUGAAGAAAAACAAACAAAAAAAAGAAGACAAAAAAAAGAAAAAGAGAAACGAUCUCCUCUUUCCUCUCCACUGUGAUGGGGAGAUUACACAGAGGCUGUUUGAGAUGCGGUCUGUCCGUAGGAGGACCAUAGACUCUGGAUCUGAUUACACAUCAGGAUCUCUCCUAGCUGACAGGCAUCCCAGCAGACGUGUGGCCACUGGCGGGGAGGUCAAAGGUCGCCUCCUGGCCAACCCCACCACUCAACCUCUGACUGACUGUAGCCUAUUUUGAUCCUCUUUCAGAUGAAUAACUGUGACUUUGCAUCAUGAAUAGUAUAUUAUUUUGAAUGUAAUCUAGAAGGGUCGGGACCUUUUUUGAAUGUAAUCUAUCUCGGGGGAGGGAGGGGGCGUUAAUGAUUCUUUUGUAAAUAUAUGGUAAAUGAAAAAAAAAAAAAGAUUACAGUUUUCAUUCCUGUGCAGAUAACAAAUUUUACUUACUGUGUGAAUACAAAGAGAGAGAGAGUGUAUGUGUUUGUGUGUGUGACUAAUGUCUCCGAGGUGGUGUGUGUGCGUUUGCACAUGCAUCUGUAUGCAAGAGUGUGCGUAUGUGUGUUUGUGAGUAUGCGUGUGUGUGUGCUCUCCUGGCAGAUUUAAUCCUGCUUUAAUCAGCCAGUUCUAUCAAUCAAUUCAAUGCUUUGUGCAUCAUGUGAGUAGCUUAUCCACAAUUAAUGGAAAUGUUCCUUGUGAUACUGUGCAUUUAAUAAAGGUGGUAUGUCUUACAAUA